CUCCUUGUUGCUCGUUAAUUUUUUCAGAAGAAGAGGAGGGAGAAGAGUUAGCAUCUAAGGUAAGCUGGAGAAGAAAAUGGAAUGAAGAAGAAGAAGAGGAGGGAGAAGACGAUGAAAAUCGGACGCUGUGAAGGAGGCUGCGGCCUACGGUGUUCCUGGCACAGUUGUUGUUCGGCCACACCAUUGUAUAAAAUCUUCACCGGACCCACCGCCACCGCCGCCGCCACCGCUACCGCUACCAUUCAAUUGCUACAAUUACCUAAGCAGUCACCUAAAAACGACUUCACUUUACCGAACAUAAUUCCAGAUUCAGCAUUUAAGCAACAUGUUUUUUGUUUUGUUUUGUUUUUAAGGAUUGGUGUCGAUUCCAAUUCUUGGCCACUUCGCUUGCUAUAAUUACCACUGCACCGUCCAUUUUUACUGGCUGUUGAUCCCUCGAAUCUGCUCUCCUUGCGAUUUAGAUUAGGUUUUGCUGUCCCAGGGCUUUGUAUUCGAGCUGGAAAGGCACGUCUUUUGGUUGAGAAACGGAGGAUGACUACUAAGGAGGAUGAGAGGAAUGAGAAGGUCAUCAGAGGCCUCCUCAAGCUUCCUCCGAACAGGAAGUGCAUCAACUGCAACAGCCUGGGUCCGCAGUACGUGUGCAUUAACUUUUGGACUUUUAUUUGCGUUACUUGCAGUGGAAUACACCGUGAAUUUACUCAUCGAGUUAAGUCUAUAUCUAUGGCAAAAUUUACUUCUCAAGAGGUUGAGGCUUUACAAAGAGGAGGCAAUCAGCGUGCUAGAGAGAUAUUCUUAGCGGAUUGGGACACUGAGCUCUCAAAGCUGCCUGAUAGUAGCAACCUUGACAAGCUUAGAGAGUUCAUCAAAAGUGUUUAUGUUGAUAAGAAAUAUGCUAGCACAAGAUCCUUUGACAAGCCACCUAGAGACAUACAAAACCACAAGAACCAUGAGGAUCAUAGGAGAGCUAGUUCUUACCAUUCAUUUUCACAAAGUCCGCCUUAUGAAGACCAAUAUGAAGAAAAAUAUAGAGGUAAAAAGAUGGGAAUUCUAACGAGAAAACCUGGUUCUGAUCACAGUCUUUAUGAAGGCAAAUUCUCUAGCUUUAUGUACAGUCCAGCUUACCAGGGUAUGCAGCAACCCCAGGAUAGACUUGGUAAUGAGACUCCUAAUUCAAGGAAUUCAGAUUGCUCUGUUACAAGUGGGGCAGAUUCAUCAAUAUUUGAUAGCCAGUCUCUCAAUAUUCAGGAUAAUGGUCAUAGCAGUCUUACGUUACAAGUAAGGGAUAUCUUAGUUCAAGAUAAACACCCCCCUGUAUUGAACCCCUAUUCAGGUGGAAACAAUGGAAUGAAUUCAGAUGGUUUCCAACGUUCGCAGAGGACUGCAUCAUCAAGUAGCUUUGGAUCCUUUGACAGCAAUUCUGCUUCAUCUUUUACUCCAUCUAGUUCAAGUAACAUAAUUGAUCUUGUUCUGCAGCCAGAGAAUUCUUCUUUACCCAAGCAUUCAGAGAUAUCAGUUACUCCAUCUUUGAUUCAUAUUUCUGUUUCAACACAUAUUGGGAGUCAAGAUUUUUUUAGCCCAUCAAUUAUGGAACAACCACUUCCUUCAUUGGAUUUAUUUACAGAUUUGUUUGCUGUUAAUCAACAACCUUCAUCUACAAUCAUUUCAGAAGUGGAAGAAAUUUCCAAACCAUUCUCUCAAGGUGUAGGGUGGGCCACAUUUGACAUACCUCAUCAAGCCAACACAUCUUCUGAACUAAACCUGUGCCCUCCUGUAGUUUCUCAGGCGAAUAUCCAUCCCUUUCCAAAAAACACAAGUGAUAGUCUUUCCUUAUUUUUUGAAAACCAAGAUUGGGAUAGUAUGCCAUCUGUGGCUGUUGAUAAUUCUCAGACUUGGGAUGCUUUUGGUCUUUCCGAAGGAGGUUUUCAAUCAACAUCUUUUCAGAAUAUUUCACAAACUAGUGAAGCACAAGUUUUGGCACAUGAUCUAAUUGCAUCUGAGGUUUUAUAUGCCAAUUUAAAAGAUCAAGAGGGAGGAGUUAUUCAAGAAAGAAAAUCUACAAAUCCAUUUGAUCUUCCAUUUGAUUCAGAGUUUGAUGUGAAUAAUAAGUUUCUGGACAUGAGCCAAUUGCAAAAUACUUUGCCGAAUUCACUGUUGCAUACAGAUUUACUUGGUGGAUUCCCUGAAACAUGGUUUCCCCAGAAUCCAGAUGCUCCAUAUGUACCACCUAUACCUCAAGGAAGUCUUAAAUAUAAUGGAGGGGAAAUGCCAAGCUCUCAGUUGCGGGAGAUAACUUCACAAGGCUCUUUGGCGUCAAUUGGGGGAAACCCUUUUGCUUAAGUUUAGAGGGAAUCUCUUUACUUAAGAAGGUUACCUUGACUCAUCCUGAUAUUCAAUGUUGUUUAUACAUCAUUGUGGUAUCCGGCACACAGAAAGGAGCACCUAUGUUGAUGCCUUUUUCUAUUCAAACCUCGUGCCAUAAAAUCAAAUCUGAAGGUCAUAUGAUUAACUCAUCGAGGUCUAUCUCAUAUGUUUGAUUGUUGGUUACAAGAUUUAUCAAGUGGAAGUGGUUCUGAAAGCACUGCCUGCUCGGCACAUGAAAAUUUUCACAGUUGAUUUGAGAUUGGGUUGUACUUGUACCGGAAAGCAGUUGCAUGCUGAGCUAUCUUCUUGCCCGAAGACUUCUAAUCUGAGAGCUUUUCCUAGAGGCAUCUAGUAGUUUAGUCAAAAUUUGUGUUCCAGAAGACAACAUCUUAAUCAUCAUGAUGUAACAUUAACCUUGCUGUUUGGUUUUCCUGUAUUGAAUUCUUGUAGGGAAGAAUUGUAAUACCCAGGUCUGAAACACAAUAGCUUCUGGGAUUGUUAUUAUGUCAGUUAGUUGCCAUUGUUUAA